UCAACAAGUUCAAUUAUAAAAAAUAGCCGAGACAAACACUCCUUCAUAUUUGUUUGUUUGAUUUCAAGCAAAACCCACAAGCAGUUGACUCGUAAGUCUUGAUCUUCGAAAAUAUGUCGAAUGCUAUGAAAUCUCGAGAUCUUGUUCAUGUCUUACUAGUCUCUUUCCCUGCUCAAGGCCAUGUCAACCCUCUACUCAGACUCGGCAACCUCCUUGCCUCCACAGGCCUCCUCGUCACCUUCUCGGCCCCCGAAAGUAUCGGAAGCUCUAUGAGAAAAGCUAACAAGAACAUCGACGACCUCACUCAGGUCGGUGAAGGCAUGAUCCGGUUCGAGUUCUUCGAUGACGGAUUAGGCCAACACGAUGAUCCGAGACGCAAUGAUCUCGACACCUAUAUUCGGCAUCUUGAGUUGCACGGAAAAGAGGCCGUUACUAGAUUUGUGGAAAAACAUAACAAACAAGGCCAGCCCGUGGCGUGCCUCAUCAACAAUCCGUUCAUUCCAUGGGUCACUGAUAUUGCUCAUGACCUCAAAAUCCCGAACGCGGUGCUUUGGGUACAAUCUUGCGCUUGUUUAUCCGCUUAUUAUCAUUACUAUAACAAAUUGGCCAUAUUUCCGGAUGAGACUAAUCCGGAGAUUGAUGUCCAAUUGCCAUCCAUGCCUUUGCUGAAACACGACGAGGUCCCUAGCUUCUUGCACCCUCAUAGUCCUUACACUGUUUUAGGAAGAGCAAUCUUAGGCCAGUUCAAGAAUUUGUCGAAAACGUUUUGUGUGCUCAUAGAAACAUUUGAAGAACUCGAAAGUGAGCUCGUUGAUUACAUGUCAAAAUUCUGCCUCAUCAAACCUAUUGGUCCAUUAUUCAAGAAUCCUAAAUCUUCGAACUCUAGCAUCCAAGGCGAUUUCAUAAAAGCCGACGAUUGCCUCAGUUUCUUGGACUCCAAGGAACCCGCGUCAGUUGUGUACAUAUCAUUCGGCAGUGUUGUUGCUCUAAGUCAAGAACAAGCCGAGGAAAUUGCUUUCGGGCUUCUGAAUUCGGGUGUUUCGUUUUUGUGGGUUUUAAGGCCGCCUCACCCGAAUUUCGACCCUGUAAUUCUCCCCGAAACUUUUUUGGAAAAAAUUGGCGAACGUGGAAAAAUUGUGCAAUGGUGCGCGCAAAAAGAAGUCCUCCAACACCCAUCCGUGGCCUAUUUUGUAACGCAUUGCGGAUGGAACUCGACGUUGGAGGCGAUUACUAGCGGCGUCCCGGUGGUGGCCUUUCCAGCAUGGGGUGAUCAAGUGACGAAUGCAAAGUACUUGGUUGAAGUGUUACACUUGGGAGUUAGACUAAGUAGAGGUGACCAAACUGAAAAAGUUGCGAUUUCGAGGGACCGAAUUGAAAAUUGCUUGAAAGAGGCUUUUGGACCUAAGGCAGCUGAGCUGAAAAAAAAUGCACUCAAGUGGAAGCAAGUGGCGGAGGAAGGGGUGGCUGAGGGUGGCUCAUCAGAUCGGAAUUUGAAAGACUUUGUGGACAAAAUUAGAGACGUAUCAAAGUUGGGUGGGGUUGAUGUGAACCCCCUUGUUGUGAAUGAAAAAUCCCGCACGUAACUAUCUUUAAUUUUUAUAAAUAAGUCAAAUAUUGUGUUGGUUGAUGAAGUCUUCUUCCAUGUUUUAAUAAUUAACAUGGUAAUUGUUGAUGAA